AUGAACGGUCUAGUCUUCAACCGAGGCCUCACCCCAAAAGCCGUGGUCCCCAUCAUCUGCGAAGUGCUCGACAACAGCCUCAUCCCUAAUGUCCUAGUCGGCGACGCCAUGCUCGGGAUCAUGGGCGCGCCCAUCUUCCCACGAUGUCUCCAAUUCAUCGUGCCCGACGAGCACAUCGACGCAGCGAUCAAAGUGCUCGAAUCAGCCGGUUUUCCACGAUGCAACGACCUCAACGGAUGUCGACGCUACUCGACGCAUUUCCCGCUCGCCCCAGCGCACUUCCAUCUCUGGGACGACGAAGAUGCCGGCACGACGGACCCGGGGAAACUGUGCAUCUUCCCGAAAUCCGAAAUGCUCUGGUCCUUCCCUAGCUUUCCCUUCUACGUGUCCGAUACCGACGAUCCCUAUUUCAUGACCAUCACGGACGAAAGGCUCCCUGACCAGCCGAACGAAAAGGAGCUAUUCGGUCGCUAUCCCGCCGAUACAUAUCCGGUUCGAAUCCCCGUACCUAUCAAGGCCUGCGAAGCAGCAAUGCUCCUCUACUGUCGCGAUCAAGAACUGAAGCUGAACAACGCAGCCUGGGAAGUCUGGCUGACCAAGCUAGGCCAGUACGUCUCUCAGACGGAUCUGUACCAAAUCGGCCGAACGAUCGACAAAGACGGGAAAGAAGAAUGCCCAUACGCGGGGUUCUGGAACGAAGUGAAGGGGUCUCAGAACCGAUACUGGCCCAAGUAUCUGUGGAAACUUCGCAUUAAAAUCUUACAGCGGCGGGGAGAACCUAUCCUGCCGGAACUUCAGUGGCCUGGACUUCCUGGGGAGGAUAAGGAGAAGGAGGAACGGAAAGAGGCCGAGGCUCGACUAAGUCCUUUGAGGAAGUUCUUCGCGUUUGAUCGGUGUAUUAUGUGA